AUGAUGCGAAUAAUGGUGGACGAGGAGAGAUGGAGCUUGAAGGAAUCCAAACUAAAACGAUUGAAAUCCUUUCCGAGUCCAAGUAGCAGUUACAAGGUGACCAAAUGGCUCCUCUGGAGGGUCAUGGAACAGAGACUGGGCAUGGAGGUUGUACAUAAGAAAGAAGAGAGCCAGGGAUCAGGGGGUCGUGGAACAGAGACUGAUCUCGGGGUUGUACAUAAGAAAGAAGAAGAGUCCGAAAGCAAGCCUGUAAAUAAUGAAGAAGGAAUGCAGAGGAGAAGGAUGAUGAUAGUGAAGAUGUGGAUAAAGAGGAUUCGGAUUAGAAGAAGGUGA